AUGUACUUACGUGCAUCUACGUCGCUCUCACGCAUCACCGCCAUCGCCAACCGUCGAUCGCCGGCGGUCGUCAAACGUCGGGAUUACAGUGACAACGCCGAUAGCGCAAAGAGAGGACUUGUCGUUGGUGUAUACAUUGACGAUUCUGGAAAUAACUUGAAACUUACACCAGCAGCUGACCAGAUAAAUCAAGAGAGUGGUGGCGCAAUUUUAAAAGCAUUAAAAAUUUUGCGACAUACUAAAAUGUAUUAA